AGUAGUAGUAGUAGCAGCAGCAGUAGUAGCAGCAGUAGUAGUAGUAGUAGUAGUGGUGGCAGCAGUAGUAAUAGUAGUAGUAGUAGUGGUAGGUGUAGUAGUAGUAGUAGUAGUAGUAGUAGCAGUAGUAGUGGUAGUAGUAGUAGCAGUAGGAGUAGUAGUAGUAGGUAUAGUAGUAGUAGUAGUAGUAGCAGUAGUAGUAGGUGUAGUAGUAGUAGUAGUAGUAGGUGUAGUAGUAGUAGUAGGUGUAGGUGUAGUAGUAGUAGUAGUAGGUAUAGUAGUAGUACUACUAGCAGUAGUAGUAGCAGUAGUAGUAGUAUUAGCAGUAGUAGUAGCAGUAGUAGGUGUAGUAGUAGUAGGUAUAGUAGUAGUACUACUAGCAGUAGUAGCAGUAGUGGUAGUAGGUGUAGUAGUAGUAGUAGCAGUAGUAGUAGGUAUAGUAUUAGUACUACUAGCAGUAGUAGUAGUAUUAGUAGUAGGUAUAGUAGUAGUAGUACUAGUCGUAGUAGUAGGUAUAGUAGUAGUAGUAGUAGGUGUAGUAGUAGUAGUAGUAGUAGUAGUACUAGUAGCAGUAGUAGU